CGUCAGGUUACAAAGCCUGUAGCCAUUGCCAUGGUAACUAGACAACAGCUUCAAAUCCUGACGUUUGAUCAAUAUUUCAAAUAAAAAUGUUUGAAGAUUACGAAGAAUUGCCGGAAAUCCCUCCUCUCCCGGAAAUCGGCUCCGACGACGAGGAAAAUCCGUGCCAUUUCAUCCGAAGAAUAAAAGAAGACACAAAAUACCCGCCCCUGAUCGCACCCCAAUCCUGGACUCACACCGUUUCGGAAAAAUUCUCCCAACAGUAUUACAAACCUAGCGAAACCAUCGGGGCGGCUUUCACCCCCUCGGCCCAAAAACUACGAAUCGCGACUUUACACCUCCCCAAGAAGAAAAAAAUCGAUCCGGAAAAAAACCCAGUGGGACAAGAUGGCCGCUUGUGUUAUCCCCCCUACAAGCCCAAAUACAUCAAAGACGAAGAAGAAAGAGUGAGACGGGAGGAAGAAGAAAGGAAGAAAAUUGUCGAAGUUCCCGGGAUCGUCAACUUGGUGGAUCUACUAACCGGUAAGUAUCGCCAACUGAAGCAAGACGAAGAAAGCGUGAAGAAGAAAGAACGCGCCAUGAAACGCAAACUGGAACGGUGUGAAAUCGACUACAUCCCAAGUGAUCCCAAACAAUUGAAGAAACUUCAAGCCGUUCUUCCGAAAGACCCCGACAAGCAGAAGAAAAUCUUGAUCAAGUUGGCCGAAGCCGACAUGUUGGUACCCCUGGCUGAGAAUGACGAAGAGCGCUACAUCUACUAUCUCACUCUUGGGAUUAAAUCCCAGGAUUUGUCGCCCUAUAACCGGAAAUACCUCACGGAAGCGAUUAAAAAAAUCCCGCCAAAACUAAAACUUUUGAAAGACUACGCCGCCACGAUCACCACCCAUAAAAAAGAAAUCCUCCAGUUUUAUGACAGUUUCAUCCGCAAAAAUUUACUCGACUACAUUCUGAAGGACCCAAAAGAGCGGAAACGCCUAAGGAUCACCAGGAUUAAGCGGGAUUAUCCCAUUUUGACAGUCCGGGCGCCCGUUCCAUGGCACACUACCUACUGUCUUUCGCAACAAUUGAUCGAAAAACACUUCUAUAACGGGAAUAUCGUCGUUUUGGAGGUUAGGGACUUGUGGGAGUGUCACUACGACGCCAUGUUGAUUCUCCCAACUGACCGUUUGGAGGAAAUCGGGGGAUUCCCCCUGGAAUUGGCGACACUGGAGCAACAAAUCGACGAUCUAUGCAACGAGUCGCGCAUGCGGCUUGUCAAAACAUGGCUGCCGUCGUGCGCCGACAUUUUCCUAAAGCACAAAGCACACUGGCGCAAAUAUAUACCGCUGAAAGCGACCGAUUCGCCCGUUUUAAUCGAGCGUUUUUUCGAUUGUGUGAACGGGUUGCUUUCCAUGCAGUUGCGGAGGCUGGUAAUGAAGUCAUUACGACACUUGCUGGCCUUCUUGAUUCGAUUCGAGGGCGGUAAUGACUACGGCGAGGAAUAUUACGAUUUGGCGCUGAUUAACUUACCAAUAAUCAAAGUGACGCCUAGAAUUGAGGAAGAAGGGACGGAAAAAAUUAUUUUACAACCGCCGCUUGACGAAAUAAGGAAUUUUCUGGAACGUUGCUUUGAUAAGGUGUUAGAAGUCGGGCGGAAAGUUCCACGUAUUGAAAAUAUAAUGUUUCCCGAGUUUGCUAAAAAAGAAACGUUUUUAUUUGCUGUAAGCCGGGAGGAAAUCCCAGUCAGGGAAAUUUACGAGAGGGGUUUGGCCUCGUUUGAGACUAAUUUAAUCGGGCCUUUGAAAUAUUUGCAAAAUUAUGAACAGUAUUAUUAUAUUUUGAAUGGAAGUGCCGAGCGAGAAAUGUUGAGCUUUUUCGAAGUCAUUCCUUUCCCGUUUCUCAAAGACUUUGCCAAAAAAAUCCGACAGUACGAAGAGCUGAAAAAAGAGAUUAUUUUCCUGCGACGAUCGAUUCCGCUCAAUUUUAUUAGUUUGGAAUGUGGCGAAUUGAACGACACCUUGUAUAAAAUCGUCGACGAUAUCAGGAGUUACAUAGUUAAUUAUUUCAUCGCCGAAAAUCACAUCCACAAUCGAAAAAUUUGCGAUAUUUUUGACGAAAUGUCACAAAAAGUUAGCGUCGGAACGGAUACUGUUGCCGAAUUGGUGGCUUUGUAUAAUUACGUCAUGGAGUGUCGUGACGUCACGAUGUAUAAUUUGAGGGAACAGAUUAGGAAAACUGCAGAAAAUGUCAAUUUUUUGAUGGACCACGCCCACUUGACAUCCGAAGACAUCACCCUCAACGCUCGCGUCUUCCUCUGGCCCAAAGACAUGGAGAACGUGAUCGAGCUGGCCCUCCAACGCCUCAACAUGAAGCGCGAACAAGCGGAAGCCUUCCUCAAAAGCAAACGCUCAAUCUUCGAGGCCAAACUGCUCCGUCACGAAAAAAUGUUGGUCGCCUUCAAGAAAAAAGACCCCCCGAUCCUAACAAUGGAAGAAAUGGAAGAAUGCGUCGCCCAGGUCGAAGACUUGGUCCAGAAACUGCACGAAGACAAGCAGGAAGCCGAUCAGAUCAACGAAGAGGAACAGUUGCUCGACUUCGAUCCGUCGGCGUUCCUCAACUUGCAGAAAAUGCUAACUGUUGUGGAGCCCUACGACAAGCUUUGGCACACGGUUUUGGAGUUCCACGUGCAGUACGAUGCGUGGUAUUAUGGCCCGUUUGCCGACCUGGACGCCGAGGCGGUUUCCGAGGCCGUGGAGAACACGUGGAAGGUUUUGUACAAAUUGGCCAAGACUUUUCACGACAAUCCCGCGGCGAGGAGAAUCGCCGAGAUGGUUCGGGCCAAAGUUGAAAAGUUCCGACAGUUUCUUCCAGUUUUGCAAACUGUGUGCAAUAAAGGGUUGCAGAAAAGGCACUGGGAGGCCAUUAGUGAGUUGGUGGGCACGGAAAUUGUGGUCACGCCGGAGCUGACUCUGAACGAUAUGAUUGAGGUCGGUUUGCCGAAAUUUGCGGCACAGUUGGAGGAUAUCAGCGCUUCGGCGACAAAAGAGUACGAGUUGGAGAAGAAUCUGAAGAAGAUGAAGGAAGAAUGGGCUGAUAUUAAGUUCGAAUUAAUUCCCUAUCGCGAAACUGGGGUUAAUAUUUUGACGGCUGUUGAUGAAAUACAGUUGUUGAUGGACGAUCAUUUGCUCAAGGCUCAGACUAUGAGAGGGUCGCCGUAUGUGAAGCCCUUUGAGGCGGAAAUGCAGGCCUGGGAGCAGAAAUUGAUUUCUAUGCAAGAUAUUUUGGAAGCCUGGCUUAUGUGCCAGAGCACUUGGAUGUAUCUGGAGCCGAUUUUCAGCAGUGAGGAUAUAAUGAGGCAAAUGCCGACCGAAGCCCGAAAUUUCAAACAAGUGGAUAAAGUCUGGCGUGCGAUUCAACACAACACCACAAAGCAUCCGAAAGUUUUGGCUGCUACUGAUUACAAAAACAUGCUGACUUCUCUUAGGGACAAUAAUCGUCUUUUGGACGAUAUUCAAAAAGGCCUUAAUGAUUAUCUCGAAAAGAAACGACUGUUCUUUCCACGAUUUUUCUUUUUAUCGAACGAUGAACUUUUGGAAAUUCUUUCCGAAACCAAGGAUCCAUACCGAGUUCAGCCACACUUGAAGAAGUGUUUUGAAGGUAUAAAUAUGCUGGAUUUUACUGAUGAAGAAGAAAUUGUUGGUAUGUUGAGUGUGGAGCAUGAGAUUGUGCCGUUCAGCGGGAAAAUUAUCCCAGCUGAGGCAAAGGGUAUGGUUGAAAAAUGGUUAGUACAAGUCGAAAGUAUGAUGAUACAGUCAUUGAAGGACAUCAUGACUGAGUCUUUGACUGCUGCAGCUACGGCCAAUAGAAUCGAUUGGAUACACCACUGGCCAGGACAGAUUGUCCAGUGUUGCAAUUGCAUCCAAUGGACCACCGACGUCACCCAAUCCAUAAUCGACAACACCCUCAACGACCAAAUCUACCUCUGCACCAAACAAAUCGAGACCAGCGUUCGCAUGAUCCAAGGCCGCCUCCAUCCCGGCACCCAAGUCACCGUGGAAGCCCUCAUCGUAAUCGACGUCCACGGACGCGACAUCGUCAAGAAACUCCACGACCUCAAAGUCACCCAAAUCAGCGAUUUCAACUGGAUAUCACAACUUCGCUACUACUGGCAUGACGCCAUCGUAACGGUUGCAAUGAUCACAACGGAGGUUUUAUACGGUUUUGAAUACCUCGGAAACACCGGACGGUUAGUGGCAACACCCUUAACCGACCGCUGCUACCGCACCCUCAUGGGGGCCCUCAAACUCAACCUAGGCGGAGCCCCAGAAGGACCAGCAGGAACAGGAAAAACCGAAACUUGCAAAGAUCUAGCCAAAGCUGUAGCCAAAAAAUGUGUAGUUUUUAACUGUUCAGACGGUCUGGAUUACAAAGCUUUGGGGAAGUUUUUCAAAGGGUUGGCACAGGCAGGGGCCUGGGCGUGCUUUGACGAGUUCAAUCGAAUUGAGUUGGAGGUGUUGUCAGUGGUGGCCCAGCAAAUUUUAAGCAUCCAGAUGGCAGUUGCUGCAAAAUUGAAGAAAUUUGUUUUUGAAGGAACUGAAAUUACGUUGAAUCCGACUUGUACUGUCUUCAUAACAAUGAAUCCGGGUUAUGCCGGACGGCAGGAACUUCCAGAUAAUUUGAAAGUUUUGUUCCGAACUGUUGCAAUGAUGGUGCCUGAUUAUGCAAUGAUUGGUGAAAUCUCCUUGUAUUCGUACGGUUUUGUUGAGGCUUCCAGUCUGUCACAGAAAAUCGUCCACACUUAUAAAUUGUGUUCGGAACAGUUGUCUUCACAAAAUCACUACGAUUACGGAAUGAGGGCCGUAAAGUCGGUGUUACUGGCAGCUGGGGCUUUGAAACGUGCAUACCCCAAAACUUCCGAGGCUCAGUUGGUUCUCAGAGCAAUUAUCGAUGUUAAUUUGCCCAAAUUUCUAGCCCAAGAUGUUCCGCUUUUCGAAGGUAUAUUCUCCGACUUGUUCCCCGGCGUCGAAAUCCCAAAAUUCGAACGCCAGGAACUCAUCGACUCUCUCAUCCAAGAAAUCAAGAAGAAAAACCUACAACCAACACCAUGGUUCGUCGAUAAGUGCAUGCAAAUUUACGAAAUGAUUUUGGUACGUCAUGGUUUGAUGAUUGUCGGCCGCCCAAUGGGUGGAAAAACCAGCGCCUACCAAAGCCUUGCCGAAGGUUUAGGUGUUCUGGCGACGGACCCAAGAGCCAAUCUGCGUGAAAAUCGGGUCAUUUACCGGAUUAUUAAUCCGAAGGCGAUCACCAUGGGACAAUUGUACGGUCAGUUCGAUCCAGCGUCGCACGAAUGGUCGGACGGCGUUUUAGCGAAUACGUUCCGCGAAUUUGCGAAUAGUGCGACUAAGGACAGGAAAUGGAUUCUGUUUGAUGGGCCUGUUGACGCCGUUUGGAUCGAAAAUAUGAACACUGUGCUGGAUGAUAACAAAAAGUUGUGCCUGAUGUCGGGGGAAAUCAUCCAAAUGUCUGUUCAAAUGAACUUGAUUUUUGAACCGGCUGACUUGGAGCAAGCCUCUCCGGCGACGGUGUCACGCUGUGGGAUGAUCUACAUGGAGCCGUACUUGCUGGGUUGGCGCCCAUUGAUGGACUCGUACAUGACAACGCUGGAUAAGUUACUACUUCCAGAACAGUUGGAGAUUCUGGUGGAUUUGAUUGAAUGGUUGGUACCGGCUUGCUUUGACCAUAUUAAGCACAAAUGUCGCAUGUUUGUUGAAACUUCGGAAACGCAUCUCUUUUACAGCUUCACCCGUUUGUUCACCUGCAUGUUGGCUGGGGAACAGCAAGUCAGUACCGUCUGGCUCCAGUGUGUUUUCCUCUUCUGUCUAGUCUGGGGCUUGGGUUCAACUCUAACCCUCGAAGGCCAACAAACCUUUGAUGUUUUCUUUCGUAAAGUACUGAACGGUGAUUCGAAGAUUUACCCCAAACCUAAGUCGUAUAAACUGAGUAAAGCACAAAUUUUUCCCGAAAGAGCUGUUGUUUUCGAUUGGAUUUACGAUAAACGUAAUAAUGGGACGUGGAUCAGUUGGCUGGAUACUGUCGAUAAAAUACAGCAAAUCCCAGCUAAUGCCAAGCCUUCGGAACUGAUAAUUCAAACGAAUCAGUCGUGUUGUCAGCGAUUUUUUUUAAAGUUGUAUCAAGCUAAUAAGAUUCCGGUACUUUUCGUUGGGCCUACUGGUACUGGGAAAACUGCCGUGGUUCUGGACCAUCUAGUUGGGCUCUCGAAGGACAAGUUUUUGCCCAAUGUGGUUAAUUUCAGUGCUAGGACCACGUCCAUGAUGACCCAAGAAAUGGUAAUGUCCAAGCUUGACAAACGUCGCCGUGGUGUUUAUGGCCCAUCGAUGGGCAAAACGUGCAUCCUGUUUGUGGACGACGUCGGAAUGCCCCAGAAGGAAUGUUGGGGGGCGCAGCCCCCCGUUGAACUCCUCAGACAAUGGUUGGACCAUGGUCAUUGGUUCGAUAAAGACACCACCGUUUUGCAAUUGGUCGAUAUUAAUUUUAUAGGUGCAAUGGGCCCACCUGGUGGGGGGCGCAACGAGGUCACCGACCGUUUUUUGCGACAUAUGCAAAUUAUCGCAAUUGAUUCGUUUGACGACAACACACUUUCGAAAAUUUUCACGACGAUUUUAGACUGGCAUUUUGCCAAAGGUUAUGAAGAGCCUGUGGCAAGGCUCCAUAAAUGGUGCGUGGGUGCGACCAUGGAUGUUUACAAGCAGGCGAUUUUGCAAUUUUUACCAACACCUGCCAAAAGUCACUAUACUUUUUCCCUGCGUGAUUUCUCACGUGUUAUCAACGGGGUGAUGUUGGUGCCACCGAACCGGAUGCAAGAACCGGAAAAGUUCAUCCGGUUGUGGAUCCAUGAGUGUUAUCGCGUCUUCCAUGACCGACUUAUUGACGAAAACGACCGAUUGUUACUCUUUGACAUUGUUAAAAACUCCUGUUAUCAAAACUUCCGGCAACAUAUGGAUAAGGUUUGCGAGAUUUUGGUGCCAGAAGGUGAAACACUCAACCCGAGUCACAUACGUAAUUUAUUCUACGGUAAUUAUAUCGAGCCCGAUGCUGAGCCGAAAUUCUACGACGAAAUCCUCGACUUGGACGAUUUGACCGAAAAAAUGAACUACUACCUGAGCGAGUACAACUUGAUAUCAAAGUCGCCUAUGAAUUUGGUGAUGUUUAAGUUCGCCAUUGAGCACGUUUCGCGCGUGUCACGUGUCCUGACCCAGCCCAAUGGCAACGUGCUGUUGGUGGGGAUGGGCGGGUCCGGCCGGCAUAGCUCCGCCCGCUUAGCGGCGGCGAUAGCCGAGCAAAACACCUACGAGAUCGAGAUCACCCGAACGUACGGCAUCUACGAAUGGCGCGAAGAUUUGAAAAAACUGCUCCUGAAAGCGGGCUGUGACGGCAAGCCCAUUGUUUUCAUCUUCGGCGAUACGCAAAUCGCCGACGAGAUGUUCAUCGAAGACGUGAACACUGUUCUGAACACUGCCGAUGUUCCCAAUUUGUAUGCGCCCGAUGAAAAGGCCGAAAUUUUGGAACGGAUGCAGAAUGCGGCUCGAGAGUCGGGCAAAAAAAUCGAUUUGACUCCGUUGGCACUUUAUAAUUUUUUUAUUGAAAGGGUUAAGCAUAAUUUGCACGUGGCGUUGUGUAUGAGUCCGAUUGGGGAUUCGUUUCGGGUGAGGUGUCGGAUGUUUCCGUCUUUGAUUAAUUGUUGUACGAUUGAUUGGUUCCAAAAAUGGCCAGAGGAUGCACUUGAACGUGUCGCUUAUAUGUUUUUGAGUCAGACUGAUUUGGAUGCGAAUACGGUGGAUGUGUGUGUCCGCAUUUGUCAGCAUUUUCACACCACUGUGAGUAAAUCGUCGGAUUUGUUCUACAGGGAGCAGAAAAGGCGAACUUACGUUACACCAACUUCCUAUCUCGAAUUGAUUCAAACUUUUAAGAGUUUUUAUUUUUUGAAAGUGGAUCAGAUCACGACGCAGAAAAAUCGAUACGAGACGGGGUUGGAAAAACUUGACUUUGCAGCCGGACAGGUGGGUUUGAUGCAAGACGAGUUGCACGAUUUGCAACCAAAGUUGAUCGUAGCGUCUGCCGUGACGGAAAAACUGAUGAUCAAAAUUGAGCAAGACACUGUUAUUGUCGAGAAAAAAAAGGAAAUUGUUGGUGCAGAUGAAGCCCUAGCCAAUGAGGCAGCAGCUGCGGCUCAAGCCAUCAAAGACGAUUGCGAAUCCGACUUAUCUGAGGCAAUUCCAGCCCUUGAAGCGGCCAUAAAAGCCCUCAACACGCUCACUAACAACGAUAUCACUUUAGUAAAAUCGAUGAAAAAUCCUCCUUCUGGAGUUAAACUGGUCUUGGAGGCCGUCUGUGUCAUGAAACAGAUCAAACCUGACCGAAAACCCGACCUGACAACGGGGAGAAUGGUCGAGGAUUAUUGGGGACCUUCGGUGAAGCUUCUCGGAGAUAUGAAGUUUCUCGAAAGUUUGAAAACCUACGAUAAGGAUAAUAUACCGGCAAGUGUGAUGAAAAAAAUCCGGGACCGUUAUAUGCCAGAUCGGGAAUUUAACCCCGAACGCAUUAAAACAGUCUCAACUGCUUGUGAAGGUUUGUGUAAAUGGGUGAGAGCGAUGGAGGUUUACGACAGAGUUAUCAAAAUUGUGGCUCCGAAGAAAGCAGCUUUGGCCGAAGCUGAAGCUGAACUGGCUGCUCAAAUGGAUACGUUGAAUGAGAAAAGGGCACAACUUCAGGAAGUUACAGAUAAGUUGCAAGCGCUGAAUGAUGAGUUUGCUGCCGAAACUAAGAAGAAGAAAGAGUUGGAAGACCAGAUUGAGAUUUGUUCGCAAAAGCUGGACCGGGCUGAAAAAUUGAUCGGGGGUUUGGGGGGCGAGAAGAGUCGAUGGUCACAAACGGCCAAGGAUUUGGGAGGUUUGUUGGGGAAUGUUAUAGGCGAUGUGAUUCUAUCAGCGGGGGCUGUGGCCUAUUUGGGCGCCUUUACGGUCGAUUUCAGAAACGAACUAAUCCGCGACUGGAACGAGUUCUGCCUCCAACUGGGAAUCCCCUGUUCGGAGAACUUCUCCCUCGUUGCAACAAUGGGUGAUCCCCUCGAUAUCCGCACCUGGAACAUUGCUGGUCUUCCAGUCGACAACUACAGCAUUGAAAAUGGAAUCAUCUCCACCAAAGCCCGUCGAUGGCCGCUCAUGAUCGACCCUCAAGGCCAGGCCAAUAAAUGGGUGAAAAAUUUCGAAAAACACAACAAACUCCAAGUGAUUAAACUAACCGAUGCGAACUACGUCCGAGUUUUAGAACACGCCAUCACUUUCGGAACUCCUGUAAUCCUUGAAAAUGUGAUGGAAGAAAUCGAUGCUGCUUUGGAUCCAAUCCUUGUAAAAAACAUAUUUAAACAGCAAGGCAUCUGGUACUUGAAACUUGGUGAUAACUUGUUGGAGUACUCGAUGGAUUUCCGCUUUUAUAUCACGACAAGGUUACGAAACCCGCAUUAUUUGCCCGAAAUUGCGGUCAAAGUGACCUUGGUCAACUUCAUGUUGACCAGUCAAGGGUUACAAGACCAGUUGUUGGGGAUUGUGGUCGCUAGGGAACGACCGGAAUUGGAGGAGAAGAAGAAUUCCAUGAUUGUGGAAAGUGCCAACAACAAGAAGAUGUUGAAGGAGAUUGAAGAUAAGAUCCUUGAAGUACUUUCAACAAGCGAAGGCAAUAUCCUGGAGGACGAAACCGCUAUUAAGAUACUUUCUUCAAGUAAAGUACUAUCUGAGGAGAUUCAAGAGAAGCAAAAACUGGCCCAAGUGACCGAAAAAGAAAUCGACAACGCCCGUAAUUUAUACGUUCCAGUUUCCAAACACUCAUCUGUUCUAUUUUUCUGCAUCUCUGAUUUGGCGAACAUUGACCCCAUGUAUCAGUACUCAAUGACUUGGUUUAUAAAUUUGUACAACCAGUCGAUCACCAACAGCGAAAAAUCCCCAGCUUUGGAGCUCCGCCUCGGUUAUUUGAACGACCACUUCACCAACAGCAUCUACAGGAACGUCUGUCGCUCACUUUUCGAAAAGGACAAGUUAAUUUUUUCCCUCGUCUUAACCGUGGGAAUCCUACGUUCGAAACAACUAAUCGACGAAGAAACUUGGAACUUUUUACUAACAGGUGGCGUUUCCCUCGAAAAUCCCUUCCCAAACCCGGCCCCCGAAUGGCUAUCGGAAAAAUCCUGGUCGGAAAUCGUGCGUGCCAGUCACCUGAAAGGCCUUGAAGGCUUCAAGGACAACUUCGAGCGCGACUUGGACAAGUGGAAGGCGUUCUACGACGUGACCAAUCCGAACGAAGUCCCGUGCCCCCCUCCCUUCGACUCGCUACGUGGUUUAACGCGAUUGGUCGCCUUGCGUUGUCUCCGCCCCGAUAAGAUCGUGCCGGCCGUCCAAUCGUACAUUGUCGAGGAGAUGGGACCGCGUUACUUAGAACCGCCCCAAUUUAACCUUGAAGAGUCGUACAAUGACAGUAAUCCUUGCUCGCCAUUGGUGUUCGUCCUGAGUCCUGGAUCGGAUCCAAUGGCCGGAUUGGUCCGAUUUGCGGCCGAUAAAGGCAUCCAGAAGACUGAUCUUAUGACGAUUUCGUUGGGUCAAGGUCAAGGACCCAUCGCGGCUAACAUGAUCACCAAAGGCUUGGAAACAGGUCAAUGGGUUGUUUUGCAAAAUUGUCAUUUAGCAGCGAGUUGGAUGCGAGAAUUGGACCGAAUUUGUGAUGAAGUUAUAAUACCGGAAGUUGCACAUCCAGAUUUUCGCUUGUGGUUGACGAGUUACCCGAGUAAUGCGUUUCCGGUGGCCAUUUUGCAGAAUGGGGUGAAGAUGACGAAUGAGGCGCCCAAAGGUUUAAGACAGAAUCUGUUAAGGUCGUACAUGUCGGAUCCGAUUUCGGAUUCAACUUUUUACGAUUCUGUUGAAAAUUGGAGGAGUUUCCAAGUUAUGUUGUUCUCGCUGUGUUUCUUUCAUGGUAUUGUCCAAGAAAGGCGAAAAUUUGGACCCCUGGGAUGGAACAUCCCGUAUGAGUUUAACGAAUCAGAUUUGACGAUUUGUGUCUUACAGUUGCAGAUGUUUUUGACGGAUUAUAAAGAUGUUCCGUUUGACGCAUUGACGUAUCUUGCCGGAGAGUGUAACUAUGGCGGCCGUGUAACCGACGACAAGGACAGAAGAUUGUUGAACUCUCUCUUAUCCAUAUUUUACACACCGGAGGUUAUAACCAAACCCUUGUAUGCGUUUUCGCCAAGUGGCCUUUAUUACGUGCCUGUGGACACUUCCUAUGAGGGUUGUUUAAGUUAUAUCAAGACACUUCCGAUUACGCCACAACCGGAAGUGUUCGGUUUGCACGAAAAUGCCGACAUUACGAAAGAUAAUCAAGAAACUCUUAUCUUACUGAACGGGGUUUUACUCACACAGACGCACAUAACGGCAGGGGGCGCUGAUGACGAAGGACAGGACGUUCUAAUCGACUUAGCAAAUGAUAUUUUGAGUAAAAUGCCGCCUUUAUACGACAUUGAAGUUGUCAGUAAUAAAUAUCCAGUAAUGUAUAGCAACUCAAUGAAUACGGUUUUACGCCAGGAACUGAUCCGGUUUAACCGAUUGGUGGAAGUGGUUAAACGCACUCUCAGUUUUAUGAUCAAAGCUGUUAAGGGAUUGGUUGUAAUGUCGGGCGAAUUGGAGGAAGUUUGUAAUUCGUUGAAAGUGGGUAAAGUACCGACAGCGUGGGCCAAUAAGAGUUACCCGAGUCUCAAACCGCUGGGCUCUUAUAUCUUGGAUCUGAUCCAAAGAUUGAAAUUUUUCCAAGAUUGGAUCGAGCAAGGACCGCCUGAUGUCUUCUGGUUGUCGGGAUUUUAUUUCACGCAGAGUUUCCUCACGGGGGUUUUACAGAAUUUUUCGCGCAAACGCAAACUACCGAUCGAUUUGAUUCACUUCGAAUUUUACGUCACCAAAUUUGAAAAGGAGGCACAAAGUGUGCCCGAAAUUGGGGUCCAUUGCAAGGGCUUGUUCCUCGAAGGGGCCCGAUGGGACCGCAAGUUACUAAAGUUGAAUGAAUCAUUUCCGAAAAUUCUUUUUGAUGCUAUACCGAUUAUUUGGCUAAAACCGAACGUAAAAGACGAGUAUAAACCGGUGCCGUGUUACAAUUGCCCGGUUUAUAAAACAUCAGCACGGCGAGGCGUGCUAUCAACGACUGGACAUUCCACAAACUUCGUCAUGUACAUGACUUUUGAUUCGGAUAAGCCAGAACGGCACUGGAUUAAUCGAGGAGUGGCCGCUUUAUGUCAACUCGAUGAUUAAUUUUAAUAAAAUUUAAACAAAA